AUGAGCGAAACUAUCAAAGUUGGCGCUGUGCAAGCUGAGCCUGCUUGGCUCAACCUGCCAGAAUCCGUAAAGAAGGUCACCUCGCUUGUUGAGCAAGCCGGAAAAGAUGGUGUCAAUGUCUUGGGUUUCCCUGAGCUAUUUGUGCCUGGAUAUCCAUGGAGCAUCUGGACUGAGCCGUACCUUGAUAAUACUGGCAUGUUUCACGAGUACAUGGCCAAUUCGCUUGUGAAAGAUUCUCCUGAGAUGGCUCAAAUCUGCGAAGCUGUUAAGAAGGCCGGCAUUUUUAUCGUCUUGGGCUACUCUGAGCGAGACGGCGAUAGCUUGUACAUUGCUCAAUCCUUCAUCAGUCCCGAAGGGAAAAUUGUCCUCCAUCGCCGGAAGAUCAAGCCGACCGGCGUAGAGCGCGCCAUUUGGGGUGAUGGAGAUGGCCUGGUGAAUGUGAUCGAUAGCCCCUUUGGCAAAAUUGGUGGUCUCAAUUGCUGGGAGCAUUUCCAGCCCCUGCUGCGAUACCACGAAUACAGUCAGGGAGUUGAUAUCCAUAUCGCAGGAUGGCCACCGUUUUUUGGUAGACCGGAAAACAUCCCCAUCCUUUAUACUACAACUGGCGAAGGAGAUCGUCUCGCCUGUCAGUUCAUGGCUAUGGAGGGAGCCUGUUUUGUGGUGGUUAGCACGCAAGUGAUGGGCGAAAAAGGAAGGGAGAAGUUGAAGUUGGUUGGCAGUCCCCAUAUGACUUCAGGUGGAGGUUUCGCCAUGAUCUUCGGACCUGAUGGUACGCCGCUGGUCGAUCCAUUGGAUCCUGGAGAAGAGGGUAUCCUCACUGCGGAGAUUCAGCUGAGCACCAUUGACUAUGCCAAGCAGAUGCUUGAUGUCGUUGGACAUUAUUCCCGGCCGGAUCUUUUGAGUCUCAACGUCAACCUGAAAGGGGCCAAGCCCGUUCGAUAUACAUGA